UUUGCAUAUUAACUGGCAUUCAAUAUGAAAUGCAUAUAUAUGGCCUAUUAUGGCUAGCAUACUCUCCAUUAAACCACGCCCAUCUCAACCAUGGCGAAUCCUAUAGACAGCGUAAUGUGGCUUUUAUCGCACCAAAUACAUUGGAUAGACUCACGCUUGCCAGUUAUUCUGUUUUAAACAGAUACAAUAUUACAUCUAGUCAAAAUGCGGUAUCAUCAGAACAGGUUUGCCGUUUGGAAUCUGCCGUUGGAAGGCCGGCUCAACGUCGUGUUUACCUUCGUGCACAUUCAAAUGUGCAAUCCAUUAAGAAAGUAUCUACAUUGCGUAAAAAGAAGGUGAAACACGUCAAGAAGGCGCUAUAUAAUAUAAACGAAGACGUAAAAAGCACUGCAGGGGAUAAAACACGUUCAACAUUGAGAAAACUAUCAAACCCUGUUAAGGAAUCGCGUUCCGAUGUUACACAAACUAGCAAAAAGACUCCUUUAUCAUCAUCGGAUGACUUCCAUUCGCCCAAGAUAGUGACAUAUCGUAAGUCGAAAAAACCUGGAACGGUCAAAAAGGUGACGACGGACAAACAUCCUGUUCAUAUCAUUACAUCAUCGAACAAAUCAAAAAGCACUAUAGGUAUAAUGCAUCAACAUGAUGCCGAUAAAAAGCAAUUGAAUGUUGCAAUGCCUCCUAAGAAGAAGCAUAUCAAUAAUCAGGAAAGCAAUAAGUUUCAAAAGAAAUCACAGCAAAAACAGUCUCUGGGUACCGUCAAUACAACAAAAGUUAAUAAGGAUGUUAAUAAAACUACACCAAAAAAUUUGCCACCCGGUGGCAUCGUUCCCAAAAGGAAGCAGCAUAUGUUAGAAGCUUUGUUCUCCAAUAGUCAUGGUAUGAAUGUGGGUGAAAUCACCUGGGCGCUCUACAAGCUCAUGGGCACCGUGACAACUGAAUUAUCAAAUAUGUAUGAUAUCAACGAUGCGAAUUAUGUAUCUUCCUCUGUUCCUAUGGGUAGUGACUUGGAAGAACAUAGAUUGAAAACAGAUUCGGACACAUCACAUGAUGGUGAUGAGAAAGUUGACGCUACUGAUAUUGAUAAAUCUAUGGAAUUACAUGAUAGCCCUUUGGAUAACAAGCGUAUCAACAUUAACGAGGAACUGGCUGAUGAAAACCCAUUGACACCAGAUGCUUCCAAUGAUACCCCAAAACAUGAACUACACAGUGAGAAAGAUGGGAAUAACAUUGUCGAUCCAUCUAUUACACAAACUGUUGGAGCUGUUUCUGGUAUGAUGAAUCUAUCUAACCGUGAAUUAAGCAGACUUCGCCAUAUGAAGGUGUUGGCUAACAAGGAGAAAGCCAAGCUAAUCAGUAACUUGAACCACAGAAAAAACAUCCAUGCAAUUUUCUUCCCUACAAAAGAUGACGAAUCCACUUUGAAAGUAGCGGAAGCCACUAACCUGGACAGCAUUCUCGCAAACCAAGAACCUCUUAACAGGCAAUCGCCAUACGGUUCUGGAGUGAGUUCAUUUAUUACACCAAUGACGCCACCCAUGUCGGUCCAUAGCCAUGCGCAACUAAUGAGAAAACUGGUUGAUGAGAACAGUGAUCGUUUACAGGACAUCCUGAACCGUAGAAAGAUUUCUGGUUAUGAAAAGAUGCGUAGCAUGAUGAAAGCAGUUGAUGCGGAGGAAGCAGCUUUACGAUUUGUUAAGAAUAGUGCUGGAAGUAUGUAUCCAGAAGACAAUGUGGACACUACAUUAUUUAAUACCAACACGAUUCCAGCUUCUGUGUUUAACGCCCCAAUGAAUGUAACUGCUACGGAUUAUGGAAGUCCCGUGAGCACCCUGUUAGUAUCAAUUAAUAAAAUUCCUCCUAAACAACUACGUAAAAAACGUACGGAUAUAGCGACUUCACAUGCCCUUACUGUAUCCCAUGAAACAGAAAGUGGUAUCCGUGAGCCCAUCAAGAAUAACAAGGAAGGUCUAGAUAAAGGCACGGAGGACACUUCAUUUCAAGGCACUGAUACCCUGGCACAGAAUAAUGAGGAACUUGAACAUAAAACCAACAAUGAAUCUAAUACAACGAACGCAGUUGGUACUUCACUUGAAGUGCCAGUGACAAUGUUCACUUUAGAGCGUGGAUUUCUUAAAAAGUUGUACGACGUGCACCUGAGACCUCGUUUGGUCUCUACACUGAAGAAGAUAUUUGGUAUGGAAUUAAACAUUAACUGUGGAUUUAUGGAUUUUGAUAAGAUGGAGAUUGGAGAAAUUAAAUACGAACGGGAGGAACGAAAAGACAUUGAUAAGCAGGCAUACAAGCGCCAUCUCAGAAACGUAGUGGUGAUUCCUGAAAUCGAUGAGAAAGAAUGCGUGAUACAAUAUAAGGGUUCCAGCAGCCCACUACCAAAACGGAUAAGAACUCGCUUGAUGCAUACUAUCAAGUGGAUAAAGGAUCAAGUUUAUUUUGAACGUUCUAUUUACUUUAUGGCGGCAAUACUAGGCCGUGCGCCAACUAUUUAUGAACUGGCAUAUAUGUUUGGUUUUGACGAUCUUAAACAGCUGCAAUCCGUAUUUAGUACGUCUCGGUAUAUGGUUCAAAUGCAAUUUGAAGAUUUUGCUGAACCGUUAGCUGAUAUCAUAAUGUCGAAAGUGCAGGCCGAGCAUAAGGUGAAACGUCCUCGAAAGGACAAGCAUUUGGAAAUCCAGGAUCCCAAUAUCCUCCACACCAAGGCAUUUACGUUAGACACUCUAUGGGAACACCUUUGUUCUGUGGAGUUAAAUACACUUUCAUCCCAUGGUAACAAAGCUGUCGCUGAGAUAUACGGUGUUGUCUUGGCUUCUUCUAGCAACGAAUUCCUGAAAAGCAAGCUUCCUGCAGAUUUGCCCGUUGGUACAUACCGCUUGGCAAGCAGAGCCCAGAUGCAGUACCUAGAACUCGUAGGUAUAUUGGAUAAACUGUUGUCACAUAUUCACCAAGCACAUAGACGUGGCGUAACUCUUGAAAGCAUCUACAAUGAUGAAUUUUCGCAGCGGAUUUACGAGAUUGAACGUGAAUAUAUAAACUCCCUUGAUGACCCCGUUAUGGUAGCGAAUCGUCAAAUGCAUCUCAAGAAUGCCAUAAAGAAGGAAAUGGAACGUCGUAUGGAAAUUGAUUAUGAUACAAUUCAGGAAGCGAUAACAUCAUCUCGUAUGAGCAACACUUUAGGCUCGCAAUUGGGUAAAACUAUGAAACUUAAAAAGCGUUUCAAGCGUUAUGAACGAGGAUCAUUAGGUGGUUUGACCCAUGUUGACGUCGAGGACCCAGUAUUUCCUGAUGAGUUGCCUUCUGAACCUAUUAAUCCAGCGUCGGAUGCAUAUUGUCGAAAGGCUUCUUUGAUACGAUGUCUCCGAAAAAUUGCCGUAGAGGCUAUAGACGACAGAGUGGCACGUUUUAUCUUCAUGGGUGAACUCAACCUGUUUAUUGGGGACGGUUGGGCGAUAUCCGACAUGACUACUGCAUUGGGUCUGUCUUCUGAUGACGUUACAAACUUGAUUUUUCAAGCUGCCUUAACUCACUGCUUCGUUUAUGAAUCAUGGAGAAUAAGGCUACAUUUACCUCCCUACGACAGGGAAUAUGAUGAUUACAUGUUUGACUGGCUGGCUGAUAGCCAUGGUAUUGAUAUGCUUGAGCGUUAUCUGGCCAAGAAUGGUAUUCCUGAAACUACUUGGUCUCGUCAGCCGGACCUCACCUACCGCAAAUAUCGGAUGGCCCGGAUUAAACCACGUAUGGGUACCAUUAAGGAAUCCCUGGAAUACUAUCGCAAGCACUUUGAGGACAUUGAGCGCAUUCUCGAUGAAAGUCCAAUAUCACAUCUUGAAGAAGGCAUGAUAGAGAUUGACGACUUUUUGUAAUGCACUGGAGUUAUGUUCUUCUUAACUUUAAUCACAACU